CGUCGCCGCCCGUUCUUGUCGCUAACUUCAGUGCGUGUGAGAUUUCAGUUUACAGCCGAGCCAGCGGAGGUCCGAGUUCGAGGAGACUUGGUGGUGCGAAGUUGCGAAGCGUGCGCGAGUGAUUCGGACUUUUGCGGUUUUGCGUUGACCGAAGAUGCGAUCUGAUCACGUCUGCCGACGACACGCAGAUUGGUAGCCGCGAUCAAGCGUAUUCCGGGCCUAGGUGCCACGAUUGUGACGCGCGCAUUCCCGCAAACGAGAACGAAAGAGAGAAAGAGUAAAAGAGGUAGGGAGAGAAAGAUAGAGAGUGAGAGAGAGAGAGAGAGGAGAGUGAGAAAAACGAGCGAGGGACGGAGCGGAGCAUGCGACCGCGCCUCUGCGACGUUACUCGGCGUGUCGAUGAGGAUGGGAAGUGCGCCGCCGCCGUUGCCGCCGACGACGACGAGGACGAGGGACAAAAGUGAGUCAGGGAUAGCGUCGUUGCGGUACGUCGUGCGGUGCUGCAUCAUCAUCGCUUAGGAAUGGUAUCGCCGUCCAAGCACCAAUACCAGCAGCAGCAGCAGCAGCAACAACAACAGCAGCAGCAACUCAGACAGCCGUCGAGAGAGAACAAGUUCGAUCCGCGACAAACCGGACAAACGCCAGAUAUUCGUAUACGAAGGGGCCCGCAACCUUUGGGAGAGAAGUCAUUCUAUUUGGACAUAAAGAACCAUGCCGUUGCGGCCAAGCUAGAGGCACAGAUCAGGGAGUUGGGUGGUGAGGUCGAAUUGUUUCUAGUGCGCAGUGUGAAUCUUGUAGCCAGUGAUAGAGUAGAUAAGGCAGGUCACACAAACUUCGAGGUACAUAGAUGGGCUUGCGGCGUCAGUGGUGGCAGUGGAGGACCUCGCUCCCUGAAAAGCGUCGAAGUCCCGACUCCUACACCCCCGACGCCGUUAUUGAGUUCUGAAUGCCCCUCGUCCAAUUCUACUCUGCGGGGUCAAACUACCCAAAGAUCUAAAUCGCGGGUGGAUGCAAUGUUGGAACGUGCUCUGACGCAACCACAACAGUGUUUCGUGGAUCCGCUAAACAACGCCCACAGUUGGGGAAUUCCUAUCUGGACGACGGAUAAGUUUCAGACUUGGCUCGACAAGAUCUAUGAAUCUAUCAAGAAUACUUCUAACUUGAAACAAAUCAAUCAACAUAGCUCGACGAAAGUCAAGCAUUUGAAAAGACCAUACGUGAAAUUUGACUCUAUCCACAGAGCUGCCAGACCAGUGUUCCUGGAAUUAUCAUCGUGGCCCACGUUAAACUUCGACGGUGAUCCUGGUUCGUGUCCUUUCGACGCAAAGAAGCAGGAGAAACGAGAAAGCAAAUUGACGAACAAAGAGGUCAAGGAGAAUAAGAGGGAUAUUGAAUCUAUAAAUAAAGCGGAGGGUAAAGAAAUGACUCGGAGACCCCGUGCCACCGCUGCACGUGCCCGCAGAACGGAACAGCUGGUCGCUGGCUAUUGCGAAAUUUGUCGUGUUCAUUAUGACGAUUUGUCGAAGCAUGUGCAAAGCGAGCAGCAUCUGAACUUUGUGGGGAACGACGACAAUUUUUUGUCAUUGGAUACAUUGAUCAACGGAGGCGCCAACGUGGAGGCGUUCUUAAAAUUAAACAGAUCAAAUAUUGAGAAAGACUGUGACUUAUUCCCCAAUGGAGAUGGCAAUCUUCAUAACGUAGUACUGCCCGAGGAGAAAGUUAACAAGAACACCAAGACUUUAAGUAACUAUACUGUUGAGGAUAUAAAAAUGGUGAAUGGUGCGCGCAGGAACCUUAAUCUAAAGUUAAGCUCGCCGCAUAAUCUGCGUACUCGUACGAAACACGAGAGCGGGCAUCUCCUCAGGUCAAAGGGCAGUCCGUGGCACGAAGUCGACAAGAGUGAUAAAUUGUAUGACAAAUUGGAUGGUUUUACCAUCAAGAAGCGCUCGAAAGGUACUAUCUGGAUCGAGGAGGAUGACCCGGACGAGAAAUACACGGAGGAUAUCCUGAAGGGACCCAAGCAGGAAGACUACAAACUCAGACCUUUCGCGAACAAUAUCGAGUUUUACAACAGUAAGGAAGAUAAUAUCAAUAAUAAGCACAGUAAUCUGGAUCCACCAAAGUUGCAAUCGAUGAUCGUACAUAGAAAUGCGCAAAAUGGUAUUAUAAAUUCGCGUCACAUAUCGGAGGAUCCAGAUUAUCUCAAUAACAAGAACGAAUGUAACGGUGAUGAAAACGCGGGUAUUUUAGAGUGUGCGGUAAAAGAAGUCGACGUAGUCGACAAUAGUUACAUUGUGGGAAGUUGCAAAGACGAUCCGUUUCAGAGAGACAAUUGUGCGUUGCAAGCGGACAAGGUGACGAUAGACCCGAGAAAAUUUUCGUUGAGUGAUGCGAACGAGAUCAUUUGCAACGGGCAUAACGACAAGAGUGAACAGAGGGACUUGAAAGUGUCGCAAGGAGAGAAUACUCGGCACGUGAAGCCUAAGCAUCCGCGCGUGAAUCGGAGGGGCGGCAGAAGUAUUAGAGGUCGAUAUCGACAUCGACUAUCGGUGGAAGAACGUUUGAUAGAGGACAAUCGUGCCUACUACAAAGUGGAAGUGUUGGGCAAUAAGCUGCGAUCAAGUGCGGUGCCAGGCGGCAAUUCGCAGCACGCGGCAUCGAAAGAUGGCGAGGACGAGGAGAAGAAGGAGGCUCCGUCGAACGAGAAGCCAGUGGUAGUGCGGUUUAAACGCGUGAGGAAAUCGGAAUUGUCGUUGUUGAGCGACGAGGCGGAGUCCUUUAUGUUCGGCGAGCCAAAACGAGACGAUUCCAGCGAGCAAACCAGUGAUGGUGAGCAAAGUAGUGUGCUGCCCAGAGAGACGGACAGCGAGGCCAACGAGAAUGUCAAUUCAUCCAUGUCACCGAAUUCGUCGUUAAAUUCCAGUCCCAUUAAGCAGGAGAUUAUCGAAGAGGACUCGCAGGAUUCCGUGCACCUGGGCAGAGCAAGGAAGAGAAGACGUACACAGGCCGAAGCGUUCAUCAAGGACAAUACCGACUACUACAAGUUCGAGACGCCUGGCAGCAGGCUAAGGUACCAGGCUCCAUUGACCGGUAUCAAGGACACUGCCGUGGAUGGCGGUAGGGAACACGGAACGACGAAGAAAUCAGCACAUGAACCGGAAGAUUGCAAGCUGCAAGCCGAAAACGUUGUCGAGAAAAUUUAUCCGUCCAAGCCGUCGGCAGAGAUCGAGAAGAUGCAGUUUUCCUUCGAGUCGGUACCUAAGUCCGAGCCGUGGUAUCAAACGUAUCAACGUCAGGACACGGGCGCCGAGUUUUGGCAUUGCUUUAGCGAGUGCGACGCGAUGAAGCCUUUUCUCCUGCCGUACGAGAUCGAGAACUUCCAUGAGACGCUGUUGAAGGCACAGAGCAGAAUCGACAGCGGCAGGAGAAGAGGCCGCGGUCGCGGCGUAGGUUCCAUGGGACGUUCGCCAAGGAAGAGCCCGCGUUGUCACGCGUCCACGUUAGCUAUUAUGUCCACCAUAAUCCGCAAAAGGGAACAACAGUCGUCGACUCUACCUACGAUAGAAGAGUCGCCGCCCGUCAAAUCGCGCGUGAACACCCCCAAGCUCGAACAAAAGCCAGAUCUCAAAUUGGACGUGGACGAGGAGAUAAAAGAGAUGGCGAAGACGAUCGAUGAGAUGUUAAGCACAAAAAAUAUGGCCGAGUUGGACGAUUCGUUUGAGCCCGAUUUGGAUUUGGCGCAGGAUGGUUUUUGUGAUACGAACUUGCCGAAGGGCGCACCACCGAAUCUAUUGGAGUUGCUCGACAACUGUCAGGACAUCACCAACUGUCUGGAGAACAACUCGUCGUGCGCUAGUUCGGAAUGUGGUGAGGCAAGCACGGACAUUCCUCUGAAACGACGGAAACGAAGAAAAAAUCGGACCGGCUGGCCAGUUGGUAACAAGAUGAAGAAAAAAAUACAAGCAAACAGCAAGAUCUUGGCGGACUGCGACCGGGAAUCGUUGGCGGAGAAGAGACCCUAUUCUGAUGGCGGUUUUGCCGGACGUCGCACGCUGGAUACGGCCACCAGAUUGGAGGGAGCUGAUUCUCAGGCGUCGAACAUCACGUUGCCGACGGCUGCAGAACGACUGGGUGUCAAUCAGAAAAGCAACGAUGACGCUUCGUUGGAAACCUGCACCACGUCUCACAAAUCGUAUCCCGAGGCGCCCGGGAAGAGAAACAGAAGCAUAGAGGCUACCAGCAAUGACAACACGGGCCUAUCAGUGUGUACGGAUAACUACAUAGAGUCCGUCUCGGAAAAUGCGUGCGACGAUGGGACGAAUAAGACUCAUCUGUCGAACAAAGAUUAUCCAUGUAAAAAAUCUCCUCUGUCGGAGAUUGAGGAGGUCAUGGAGAACGAUACGGGCAACGAUGAGAAUCACGAGAACCAGAAGAACCUGUUCGGCAGGAAAGAUGUCAACGCGAUCGCCGAGAACUUGGUCGCGAAGUCAUCGCCCAUCAGGAAGCAACGGCAGCGCGACGUCACCGUCACCAACGCCGAUGGCUGCGAGCCGCGGGACACGGAAAUCGAGAAUCAGAAUAAUGUACAGUUGCAGUGUAAAAAGGAGGAGACCGGUAUAGUUCCUAAGAAACACCACAAUUCUAGUUCCGAGUUAUCGCCGAAGCGGCAGCUGCGCGGUGGCAACUGCGAGGAGAACUCGUCCGACACGGGGGAAUUGUUGAAACGUCGUCACAGUAUAAUGUUCGCCGCGACGAGGCGCGGUCGGAUAGGCUCGCGGAAACGGAUCUACUCGAGAAAACGUCAACCGAGAACGGCCGUUACCCGCAACAACGUUAAUCUAUCGUCGCCUGAUCGCGUCGGGAUGAUAUACGAGGUCGAGAAUUGUAAAAAGGAUGCCUACUUGAGUAUUACGCCGUGUAACAAGAAACAGCCACCAGGUUCCGGGGUGCGCGGCAGCGUGAAGCGCAAAAGCGAAGCCAUCUCGUCGUCGGACAACAUCCAGGAGUCGUCCGAUCCGACGAUAGACCACGUGUCGGAACGCGUCAGUCCGUCGAUAAUAUCGUCCACCGAGCUCGAGCAGCGUCGUUCGAGCAUCGAGUUCCAGCCGGUCGUACGGAUGAUGAAGCUCGACGAUCAGGUGGACAUGGAUCACAAUAUAUUGUCGACAGUGACGGUGGCGAGCAACCGGCGGUUGAGAAGUUCCGGCGGCUCGCCGCGAUCGAACCCCAAACCGCCGAGGAAACGCGUCAAGUCCGGCCGCGGACAUUUCGGCCGGUGGUUGAAGAGCAGCUGAAAACCUGGAGAACGGAGACGCGGAAGAAAGAGGCUGCACUUCGGCUUAGAUUUCAACGAUGGUGGUCAGUUAUCGAUCUCGCGAUCCGAUAUCCCAUUCCGCCACAGUGUACAUUGUGUAUAAAAAUAUUAUUUGUGUACGUAGAAUAGUAUUUAACAUCAUAGUAUUAUACAUACAUAUAUAUAGGUAUAUCUUUCUCUCUCUUUAGUGAUACCAUUCUACUUAGUAACGUUCUUUCAGGUGGUUAGUUUUAACACUCCCCACCCGGUAUGUCCCACUGUGUACAUUCUUUAGAUACGGUCGUUGUGUUCUCAGAGACGGAGCAGUUACAUCUUUUUUUUACUAGUACCAUGUCGUUCCUCAUUUUUUUAUUUCUUUUUUCUCUUCCGUCAUAUUAUGUAAACGAAAAUUGUGUAUCAUUUUUAAUAACAGUCGUUUCAUUCAGAUCACGAUUAAGGAUUAUAUUUCUAUUUAGAGUAUAUUACAUUUUAGAGUACGCAAGACUGCAUACAGCUUUAUAACAUUGUAAUCACAUACAUACCACACAUACACAUACAUACAGAAACACAUACACAUUUCUGUUACAUUGUGUAUAUUAUUGAAGGUAAUAAUCUUUAUUUUCGAUUCCCCAGUAUAUCCAAAUACAUUAUUUCAAGCAGAAUUGCUGUAAGUCGCUCAUGAGUUCAGAAAGAGAAAUUAUUAUUAAAGAUAUGCAAAUUUUC